AUGGCGACUCAGAAGGAUGCAGCUAUAUCGGGAGAAAUAGGAGGAAACGCGCGCUCUACCCAGAACACACAGUACGAUGCUAUUGGCAGCAAAUACGGUGACAUCAAGAGCAAGCCUGCGGUGCACCCGGAACCGCCGUCUGUGGUUGCGGUGCUGGGCGAUGUGCAGGGGAAGCGGUGUUUGGAUCUCGCAUGCGGGCUUGGCUUCUACAGCGCGCUGCUCGUGAAGCUGGGCGCUGCAUCUGUCCACGGGUACGACAUCUCUAGCACGAUGGUCGAGGCCGCGCGCAAGGCGUAUCCGUCAUCGUCACUCCCGAAUCUGCACUUCGAAAUCGCGGAUUGUAGCGCGCCGGAGAACUUGCCUGAAGGCAAACCAUUUGAUGUUGUAUUUGCCGGGUGGUUCUUGAAUUACGCGGGCACGGAGAAGGAGCUGACGUCUAUGUUCCGCACCAUCGCGCAGAAUUUGGCCGUGGGAGGGAAAUUUGUGGGCGUCACGACGAAUGUGACCGAUCCGUGGGUGAAAGAGGAUAAGAAGGACUUCUAUGGGAUAGAAGUUGAGGUGUUGGAGAAGGAAUAUGUGGCGCCGGAUACGGGAAGGCAGAUUGGUAUCAAGGCGCGCGUUACGGUGCUGUCUGAGCCGCCAUUUUCCUUUGAUGUGUUUCAGUUUAGGAGCGAGGUGUAUGAAAGAUGCGCACAGGAGGCAGGACUGGAGAUCAGGUGGAGGGAACACGUACUGCCGGAUGAUGAGAGGCGAGAGUCGGGGUAUUGGGACGAGUGGUUGAGGAGACCGACGUUCAGUGUCAUCGAAGCCAUUCAUCGUAGUCAAUGA